AUGUCAUCAUCUUUUUCAUUUAAAACUCCUAUGGCAUCAUUUUCAGCAACAGAUCAUGCCGUUAAUCAAAGUCAAGAUUCAUUUCAUUCAAUUAAUCAAUCUAUUGCUCCACAACCUCAUUCAAUAAUACCAAUAUCAACAACAACAACAACAACAACAACAACUAGUAGUCAUGUUAAUAUACACAGUGAUGAUGAUGAAGCAGAACAUCUUCUUGGUAAACGUUAUGAGUCUAAUAGAUUAAAACAAGAAAAAUUAUUAGUUUUUACAAAUAUUUUUCGAAUUAUCGUUAUUUGUGUGGCUGCUCCACUUAUUUAUUAUUAUGUUUAA